AUGGACUAUACACCUAUGCAGACAUUCCAGAAUGCGGAGGAGAAUCAGAGCCAAAAGGAAGCCCUUCAAGGAAUCCAGCACGAUGGCGUCCUGCAGGAUUCAUGUUUACCAUACCCGUCCUCCAUGAACAUCCCGGGUUUUGAACCCAUCGCUCAACCGGCUACCCCCGUACAGUUCUCUGCCGGCCAGGGGCAAGCCAUGUACGGACUGGCGAUACAGGGCCAUGUGCUAACCACGUCAACAAGCAUGUCUCCCGGGUCUCAUAUCACCAGUACUAACCCCGUCGGUACUCUAGGUGCUCUUCCGCUCAAUUACAUUCCUCGCCUGGCCAACCCACAAUUUAGCACCUAUGUGACGGAUGCGGAUAUCCAGCAAGCACAGGUAUCUGGUUAUCCAUAUUACCGUCCCCCUCCACAGACCGUAAACCAAUAUCCCCUCAGAGAUCAUCACAAUCCCAUGGAGAGCAGCGACUUCCUGACUCGAUCGGCUUCGGAUUCAGGAUACCAGUCCAAAUCCACCACUGCACAAUCUGCCGAUGCCUCACUCCGGGGACAUAUCCCUCAGGCGCCAUUAACGCCGCAGGCUAGGACUUUCCAGCGGCAGCAACAUCAACCACGUUACGCUGCCGAGGCCCUUGCACCACUAAGGGAUACAAGUCCAUUGCCCAACAGUCCCAUCGUCGCACCAAAAUCAAAGAAGAAGGGAAAGCAGCUUGAGGUUCCUGUCGAGCGAAGUGCGUUGCAGCCGCAAGAUAUUGCAAGUCUCAGCGCUAUAGACGCAUUAAAUACCCAAAGUAGUGGGCACUUUGACUCCUUGGCCAUAGACGGUUUUCUGGACACGGCAGGCGGAUGUGCGGAUGAUAUCGAUAGCCUAAUAGAAGGCUACUACAAAAAGGACGGGGAUGAUGAUAUCAUUAACAUGGCAGAGCUCAUGGACCAUGGGGGCGGUGCAAACUCGAAAUCUAUCCUCAACAACUCUCAAAAUAAUUACACCAACAGCUCCAAUCACAGACCACCAAACCUAGGUCUAUCUCGAAGUGAAUUCUCUGAUGAAUUAGAAAAGUCUCUCCGCGCCGUCGAUCAAAAAUUCAAUCAAUCGGUAGAAACCCACCCAACCGACGGUAGAGACGGGGGAAUACCAUUGUCAAUAUCCGGGGUGCAAAAGAUCGUGCAGAAUGCCCUCGCUCUUAAAUUGCACGGGGUCGAUGAUGAAAACGAAAUACGACGGCGCCUCACAACCAAUAGGAUGGGAGGUGAUUGCCAAUUCCAAUUUUGGUGCGGCUUUUGCGAAAGACUGGUCCCGGUCGAAAGAAAAGGUUAUGAUGCUUUGAUGGAAAGAUUCGACCACAUCUACAACGACCAUUUCGAACAGGGGCAGAAUAUCUCGACGUGGGUUUUACCAACCGGCAAUCUCAAAGUGCAACCAAACCCGUUCCCCACCGAAAGAGCCUCAGUGCCUACCAGCAGCGGGACAGCAACUACGAGGCGGGAUAGCCUUGAGAGUUGGCCACCUCCUGGCAAUGAAACUUUGGACGUGUCCAUGGACGAGAUACAACAACAAGACGAUACUCCAGCCCCUUUGCAGAGAGGCAACAAUCAAAUGCGAAGCUUUCCACCAGACUCGAGAGAUCGGCAACCACGAACCUUUAGACCUUCAUCUCCACGCCUUAAGAGACGACGAGUAAUGAGUCGGUCGACCUCGGAAUCGCCCUCUGCGCCUGCACGGAAAUUGCUGCCACCACAGUCAGAAUCUACGGAACUCCAGCAGUUCUCGGAGCUUCAACAAUUUACGGAGCCCCAACAGCCUGCGGAUCAAAGUAUGGAUGAGUUCAUCAUGAAUGAACUUUUCAAUCAAGAUUCCAUGUCUAUGGCGGAGUUUUCCAUAUUUUCGGAAAUAUGA